AUGUUCCUUUAUAAAACGAUUACUUCCUUAGUCACGGCUCCUAUUACUCAAAAUAUUGCUUUAAUUAGAAUUUCUGGUUCGCAAACUUAUCCAAUUAUUAACCAAGUUUUUGACCGCCCUUUACCGGAAUAUCCGCAAAAAAAGCCACAGUUAAUUUUUGGUAAAAUCGUUAAUUCUCAAAAAGAAAUAAUUGAUGAAGUGUUGUUGCUUUGUUUUUACAAACCAAAUUCCUUUACCGGUGAGGAUGUCGUGGAAAUUAGUUGUCAUGGCAAUUUGUUUGUGGUUAACCAAAUAUUACAGUUAAUUCAAGAAAAAGGUGCUGAAUUAGCCAAAGAGGGUGAAUUCACUAAACAAGCUUUUUUUAAUGGAAAAUUGAACUUAAUUCAAGCUAAUUCUAUUAAUGACUUAAUUCGGGCUCCUAGUUUAGAAGGGGUUAAAUUAGCUCUACAUAAUUUAAGUCCCAAAAGCCAACAAAAAUUAGCAGAUAUUGAAAAUGAAUUAUUAGACAUUAUUGCUACCAUUAAAGUCAACAUUGAUUAUCCGGAAUAUGAUGGAGUUGAAUACCUAACUGGUAAGGCAGUUCUUCCUCGUUUAAAUAAAUUAUUAGAAAAGUUAAAUACAAUUAAAAAAGAUGGUCAAAAGGCUCGCUUUUACCAAGAGGGUUUAAAAGUGGCCAUUGUUGGGAAGCCGAAUGUUGGUAAAUCAACCCUUUUAAAUGCUUUGUUGCAAGAGGAAAAAGCCAUUGUCUCCCCUGUGGCAGGAACUACCCGGGACAUAAUUGAAGCUCGUUAUAAUCUAAAUGGAAUUCCGCUAACUUUAUUAGAUACGGCCGGCAUUCAUGAAACCCAAGACAUAGUAGAAAAAAUUGGAGUAACCCGUAGUUAUCAGGCUUUAGAAAAAGCGGACAUUAUUUUUUUUUUGGUGGAUAAUUCCCGCUCCUGGGAUAAAAAAGAUAGUAAUAUUUACCAAAAAAUUAAGGAGAAAAAUUUUCUCCUUAUUAUUAAUAAAAUAGAUGAAUUAAGCAAAUUAAAAUUUCCUUCCAUCCUUUCUGCAAAAAAAGUUUGUCGAAUUAGUGCUAAAAACCAGCAAUUGGGUGAAUUAGAAAAAGAAAUUAAGGAAUUAUUUGCGAGCGAUUUAAUAAAUAAUUUGUCUCCUUAUCCUUAUUUGAGUCAAAACGUUGCAUGCGGUGAUUUAGAAACUAGUUAUAAAUUAGUCAAAGAAUUGAGUGGAAAAGAAUAUAAUGAAGAUUUAUUAGAUAUAAUUUUCACCUUUGGUAAUCAUACGGUUCGUAGUUUGCUUAACUCCCCAUACUUUAAUCUAAAAAAAAUCCUUUUAAGAGAGGAACAUAAAAAAGAUAGAAAUUUAUUACAAUUAUUAGCACAAAAAAAAAUUCCUUAUGAAUUAUUAAAUAAAGAACAAUUUUCUCGUUAUAGUUUUGAUAAAAAAAGUCAAGGAAUAGUUGCUUUUAUUCGUAGUUACCAUUACGUUCCGCUUGCUUCUUUAUUAACUCAUCAGCCGCAAAGAAGGUUUCCGUUAAUUGUUAUGUUGGAUAGUAUUGAAGACCCUCAUAAUUUUGGAGCCAUUUUAAGAACCGGUGCCGCUUUGGCGAUUGAUGGAGUAAUUAUUGCGAAAAAAAAUCAAGUACCCGUUAAUAGUACAGUAAUUAAAAUUUCGAUGGGAGGAGUAGCCCAGGUUCCGGUCUGUCAAGUAAAUAGUAUGGCCGAAACAAUUAAUCAACUUAAAAUCCAAGGAUAUAAAAUUAUUUCUACUCUUUGUCAACCAGGAACCCAAACAUAUAAUAAAUUUGCUUUUGCUUUCCCUACUUGUUUAAUUUUUGGUAAUGAACAUGAAGGAAUUAGACCAAGUUUGGUUAAAAAAAGUGAUUAUUCAAUUUACAUUCCAAUGAGUAAUAAUAUUGGUUCCUUAAACGUUUCAGUAAGUUGCGGAGUUAUUUUGGCAGAAGUGGUUUCGCAAUGGGAAAAACAAAAAAAAUAG